AUGUUCCGCUGCAGGGUGAACCUCAGCACCAUGAUCUUCCUGGUGAUCCUGCAGGGGGCAGCAGUGGUUCUGUUCUACGGCUGGUACAUCCAGCUCAGUCCCUGCGUCCCUGCCCCCUCCAAUGGCAAAGUUCACGUUCUGCUGUUGUCAUCGUGGCGAUCAGGCUCUUCCUUCAUGGGUCAGGUGUUCAGCCAGCACCCAUCUGUCUUCUAUCUUAUGGAGCCAGCAUGGCAUGUGUGGAGCAAACUGCAGAAGUCCACCGCGCGGGUUCUCCGAAUGGCCGUGAGGGAUCUGUUUCGAAACAUAUUCCAGUGUGACUUUUCUGCGUUGGAGCCCUACAUGCCAGAUAACCACAAAGUGUCCGACUUGUUUAUGUGGAGUCAAAGUAGAGCCCUGUGCUCACCGCCGGCCUGUCCUCUUACGCCACGCGGCCAGUUCAGCAACUCCUCUCAGUGCGCCAUAAGCUGUGAUACCGGUGGCCUGAAGGAGGUGGAGGAGGCUUGUGGCACUUACAGUCACGUGGUACUAAAAGAAGUGAGAUUCUUUGACCUGGAAUCCCUCUACCCGCUCCUCCAGGACCCAAGCCUAGAUCUCCGCAUCAUCCACCUGGUCCGAGACCCCCGGGCCGUGUUGAAGUCUAGAGAGGAGGCAGCCAAAGGCUUAAUGAUGGAUAGUGCCAUGGUCUUGGACCAGAGAUUCCUACCAGUAGAAGAUGUGCAGUAUCAAGUCAUGCAGGAGCUCUGCCAAAGCCACGAGCGCAUUCAUAAGAGGGCCUUCCAGACGCCCCCUCCGUUUCUAAAAGGCCGCUACAAAAGGGUCCGCUAUGAGGACAUGGCACUCAACCCACUUGAGGAGAUAACUGCCAUGUAUGACUUUGUAGGUCUGGAGUCAAACAGCCAGUUGGAGGAAUGGAUCUACAGGGUGACUCACGGAAAAGGCAAAGGCACCAGGAAAGAUGCCUUCAAAAUCAUCUCGCGGAACGCAGCCGAUGUCGCUCAGGCUUGGCGUACUAUUCUGUCACACAACAAGGUCGCACGUGUCCAGUCGGUGUGUAAAGGGGCCAUGUCUUUGCUCGGGUACAGGACAGUAAACAGUGAAAAGGAACAGCUGAGACUUGACCUAGAUCUACUGAUGCCACUGGAACCGUACCAGUUCAGCUGGUUGCCAGAUAAAACAGAGCGUCCUAGUAAUGGUUAA